CCGGUGUCCCUCUGUAACGGAACACGUGGAACCCCAUUGCACUUCCUUUUUCAACCAUGGGUCUUCUAGCGAAGCCCUUGUUAAUUGAUGCCCGAGGGCAUUUAUUAGGAAGACUUGCAGCCAUUGUGGCAAAGACCAUUUUACAAGGUCAAAGAGUCGUGGUUGUUAGAUGUGAAGGAAUCAACAUCUCUGGAAACUUCUACAGGAACAAGUUAAAGGUCUUGAAAUACCUACGAUUACGUUGCAAUGUUAAGCCAACAAGAGGACCUUUCCACUUCAGGGCUCCCAGUAAAAUGUUCUACAAGGCUGUUAGAGGUAUGGUCCCUCACAAGACAAGCCGUGGUGCAGAGGCUUUGGAGCGCCUGAAGGUGUUUGAAGGAAUCCCACCCCCAUACGAUAAACAAAAGAGGAUGGUGGUUCCCUCAGCACUAAGAGCAAACAGGCUUAAUCAGUCAAGAAAGUACUGUGAUUUAAACAGACUGGCACAUGAGGUUGGCUGGAAAUACCAGAAGGUCAUCUCUACACUGGAAACCAAGAGGAAGGUCAAAUCCAAGAACCACUUUGAAAGGAAGAAGUUCUUGUUGGCUCUCAGAGAAAAAGCCAAACAGAAUGCUGCAAAGAAGAUUGCUCCAUACCAGAAAGUUAUUGAAGGUUAUGGAUUUAACUAAAUAAAGACGAUGUUGAAUGUAA